AAGGGGGUGGGGGGAAGGGGAAAGCCAGCACUGGCUGAGGCAGAGAGACUAGCCCACUGCAGGAUGAGGGAAGUCACUCUCUAACACUGUCUCUGAGUUUGAGCAGCCCUGGGCUUUUCACCUGCUGCUCUGAGCACUAGUGGGGGUCUAUCUUUCCGUGGACGGUUCUGAAUGGAGUCUCAGGGCAGAAUGCUUCAUCCUGUGAUUCCUGAGGACGGGGAGCCGCAGGUGGAGACGAAUGGUGUUCGGCAUGUGAACGGCGGAGAUGCAGAGGUGCCUGUCUCCAAGUCUCAGAGAAGGCGCAGUGAUGUCAAGGUGUACAAGGAGUUCUGUGACUUCUACGCACGGUUCAACAUGGCAAAUGCUUUGGCAAAUGCCAUCUGCGAGCGCUGCAAGAGUGGGUUUGCGCCGGCUGAGAAGAUUGUCAACAGCAAUGGGGAGCUGUACCAUGAGCACUGCUUUGUGUGUGCCCAGUGCUUCCAGCAGUUUCCGGAGGGGCUCUUCUAUGAGUUUGAAGGCCGCAAAUACUGUGAGCAUGAUUUCCAGAUGCUGUUUGCUCCGUGCUGUCAUCAGUGUGGUGAGUUCAUCAUCGGCCGUGUUAUCAAGGCCAUGAACAACAGCUGGCACCCGGAGUGCUUCUGCUGUGAUCUCUGCAGUGCUGUCCUAGCUGAUGUAGGCUUCGUGAAGAAUGCUGGAAGACACUUGUGCCGGCCUUGUCAUAAUCGAGAGAAGGCCCGUGGCCUGGGCAAAUACAUCUGUCAGAAGUGUCACGCCAUCAUUGAGGAGCUGCCUCUGAUGUUCAAGAAUGAUCCGUACCAUCCAGACCACUUCAACUGUAACAACUGUGGUAAAGAGUUGACUGCGGAGGCCCGUGAGCUCAAGGGUGAACUGUAUUGCCUACCGUGCCAUGAUAAGAUGGGUGUUCCUAUCUGCGGGGCCUGCCGCAGACCCAUUGAGGGACGUGUGGUGAAUGCCAUGGGCAAGCAGUGGCAUGUGGAGCAUUUUGUGUGUGCAAAGUGUGAAAAGCCCUUCCUGGGACAUCGUCAUUAUGAGCGCAAAGGCCUGGCUUAUUGUGAGACACACUACAAUCAGUUGUUUGGUGAUGUGUGCUACCACUGCAACCGUGUAAUUGAAGGAGAUGUUGUUUCUGCCUUGAAUAAAGCGUGGUGUGUCAACUGCUUUGCCUGCUCAACCUGCAACACCAAGUUGACUCUCAAGAACAAAUUUGUUGAAUUUGAUAUGAAGCCAGUGUGUAAGAAGUGCUAUGAGAAGUUCCCGCUGGAACUGAAGAAACGGCUAAAGAAGCUAGCAGACACACUUGGACGAAAGUAGACAGCGACAUCCGUUUGGAGGAGAUGUACACAUCUACGAAGAUAUACGCAGACAACAGGAUUAAGGGUUGUGUGUCACUCAUUUCUUUUCACUCUGACUUUUAACAAAUGUGACAUUGGUAUAUUAUGUAUAUUGCAUUAGUGGUCCUUAGAAGUCAGAGACUACUAAAAUGUUCCUUGAAUCAUUUUCUUUAUUUUUUCAAAAAGUCUAACCAUUUCAUGAGAUGCUGUUACAUGUUGGAAUGAAGAUAUAUAAAAAUAAAGUGGAAAUAUAAAAAUAACUGGGGAAGCAAUUGCUCUCUUAUCAAAGUUUACUGAGGUUACAAACUGUCAAAUCAGUAUCCAGUAAAUCCUCAGGUACAAUAAACAAAGUAUGAAUAUAAUGCUUUUUUUUUUUUUUUACAUUUAUUGUAAUGUCUCCUGGUUCAGUUGCAAGUUACUUAAGUUUGCCAUUGCUGAGAUUUCACUGUCAAUUAUGGCUGACAUUUUGUAUUGUCUAAGAAAAACAACAUGCACAUUCCUCUUUAUGGUGUGACUGAUUCCAAUAAAGAUGCAACAUUCACAGCUUUAA